AUGUCAAGCUUCGACCCCUUCGAGCAGAACAUCACCAUGAUUACCGGCCAGGGCGCAGCCAUGCACAUUCCAAUCCCCAAUUUUGACGAGCACGUCCAAGAAGGGCUGACUGCCUGUAUCGACUACGGCAGCCAACUCGGCGCUUCCAUUGUCACCACUAUCUUGCUGUUCCUGUUGACCAGGGCCAAGAAGCGUCGCUCGCCUGUCUUCUGUCUGAACAUACUUGCACUCCUGUUGAACACUAUCCGUCUAGUAUGCCAGAUCCUGUUCUACACCAGUGCCUGGUUUGAAUCAUAUGCGUUUUUCUCCGGCGACAUGUCUCGCGUGAGCAAGGGCGACUAUGCCACCAGCAUCUUGGCAGCUGUUAUGACGGCUCUCGUGGAGCUGGUCAUGGAAAUGUCGCUCGUCGUGCAGACCAUCGUGGUAUCGACCAACAUGCCGAUCGUGUUCAGGAGCAUGCUUCUUGCUGCAUCGUCCCUGAUCGCCGCCACCACGAUCGGAUUCCGGAUGGCCGAGAUGGUUUUCAAUAGCAUCGUCAUCGUAGCCCAGAGGACUUCGGCUCCUUAUAUUUGGCUCCAGAAAGCAGACACUAUUUUGAUCACCGCCAGCAUCUGCUUUUUCAGCGCCGUCUUCAUGGCUAAGCUGGGCUACACGAUUUACAGGCGCAAGCAGCUCGGCGUGCACCAAUUUGGACCUAUGCAGGUGAUUUUCAUCAUGAGCUGCCAGACCAUGAUUCUGCCGGCCAUCUUCUCCGUGUUGCAGUUCUUGAGCGUUCCUAUUCACGAGAUAAACGCCAGCGUCCUUACAUUCGUGGUGGUCUCCCUGCCCGUGACGUCUAUCUGGGCCGGCACUGUUGUGCCAGGACAAUCGAAAAUCCAAAAUGUCGAAUCUGGUCCGCCUCUAUGGGACAAACUGUCAUCAGGCAGCUCGACACACUUUGACAACAUGGCCUCCAAGCAGAUACGCCAGAAUUCAGCCAUGACGACCGUGUCUGCAGCUAUCGACCCUACUGACUUGCUUUAUCGGGAUUUGGAGGAGCCCACCGCCGGUGCUGAUCGGAGUGUGAAAUAUUAG